GCUAGAAUUUACGAAAAGUAUGGAAUUGCCAUCCUCUGCACCUGCUAGUGGGGUUAAAUAAAUAAGUUACAAAAUAAUAACAGGUUAAUAUAAUAAUAGCUUAAUAGGAGUGGAGCAGAAAGAUUGUGGGGCGCAUUUAUGGCGGAGAAACCAAACUCUAGAGCUGUAAUAACCACCGUGAGCAGCCCUUACCUGGAAUGCGGGAAUUCAAGCAGAGGAACCCCGUGGUACGACAAAGAGUCCGUGCUGAGCCUGUCUGAAUACCUCAUCUUUGUGGAAGUGAUUUUGGGCCUGCUGGUAUGGGCACUGAUUGCAAGCACAGAAUAUUUCCGAUUUUCCCCAUUUGGAUGGGUGAUGUUUGUAACUGUCUUCUAUUGGCUUCUCACCCUCUUCCUCCUCCUCAUCAAACUGGCCAAUGGACAAAUCCGACAAGUUCCCUGGACUACAGUGGUUCUCGUUUUUAACUGCACUGCGGCUUUACUGUACACGUCAGCUGCUAUUGUUGAGGCAACGUUGGUGAAUAAGGGGGUCAGAGGUCGUCAUGAUUUCAACUGUUGGGCGGCAUCGACGUUUUUUGCAUUCCUAGUAUCUCUGAGUUACGCAGGUAGUGCGUUCUUCAGUUACAAAUCCUGGCACAGAGGAGAUGAAUAAAUUGUGCUGGAUUGCAGUUAAUCGAAUGUUAAAAAUAUGACUCAUCCUAUUAUUGUUCAGGUAUGGACUAAACUUGAAAGAAUAUUUAAUACUGAUGACUGUCUUUUAUUUUAAAAAUAAAGAAAUGUACGUUUUGCUCUGUAUUUGCAACAAUUUUACACAGAUCUGUCUAAUGCACAAAAUAUAUUUUGAUAUAUUUUAUAUGGACAUGCAAAACUUACUUUAUUUUAGCUUUACUGAAUGGAGUUUUAUCAUAAGGUUAAUUGACUGUCUGUGAAUAAAUAGACAUACAAUGUUUCACUUGUGCUUUGAAUGUGCCUUUUAAUGUUGGUUCAUGUUUGAUCAUCUAAAAUUAUGUUGAAAAUCCUCAUGAUGUUUGGAUUUACCUGACUGACUUAUGAAAGCCUUGUAUUUCUAGUGUCAAAUUAAAGCUGUCAUUAUUUUGUCAUUUGAAAGCAGAUCUGAUGUAGCCUACUUCUUAUAAAUGUCGUAUUAUGGUUGCACACAAUAAA